UAGAUGCUGCUGCACCCGCUGAGUUUCUCCAGCACUCUUGUCCACCUUCACUCUAUCACCUACCCCACAGCCAACAAUGGACCAUUGUGGGCUCCACCUUCCCUUGAUCAUCGUUGCUUUUUUCCACAUAUUUCAUUCAUUUGUUCUAUCCACCUUCUAUAUCUCUCGUUUCCCUUUCCCCUGACUCUGUCUGAAGAAGGGUCUCGGCCGGAAACAUCACCUAGUCCCUUUCCCCAGAGAUGCUGCCGGAUCCGCCGAGUUACUCCUGCAUUUUGCGUCUUAAUUCAGGCGUCGGCUGAAUAUCCGUGCAACACAAGGGUCGAUGCGAUUCAUUGCUGGCAGCGACUCGCACAAGCGAGGAAACGGCCGAGCAAGAGGGGGCGCCGCUUGAUAGCAUAAUCCCUGGGAAUCCUGUAACAGCGAGAAAGCAUUCUCUUAAUCCUUGCUUCAGCAGGAUCACCAGCCUAUUGGGUCCCAGGAGAGACAGCCACAAAAAAAAACAUUAUUUUUUUUUCUCUCUCUCUGUGUCUGCCUCUCCCUCUCUCCCCCCUCCCUCUCCCCCCUCUCUCUCUCGCUCUCUCCUCUCUCUCGCUUCUGAUCUUGAACAGCACGGCGAUGGUAACGUAGAAACAACGAGACAUCUUCCAAUUGCUGGGGAAAUCUACGGCGCAGAAUUAAUUGCAAGGGGGGGCGAAAGAAAAAGGUGUGGAUUUAUUUAUUUGAUGUCUGGCGGUCGAUUUAUGUCAGUGUCGAGGAAGGAUUGUGUUUGAGAGUUCCCCAACCGCUCUCUAUGAAGGCAGGCGAGGGGCUACGUUUUUCAAUGAGACUAUGCUACAAUCAGUGGCAACAAAUCGCUUCCUCUGCUCCCACCGCCGCUACAUUUCACCGGGAAGCCUCUCUCUCCUAUCUUUCUGUCAACAUGCUGCCUCGUCUUCCUCCUUCUUCUUGCCGUUUGUGACAUGACUCUAAGGAGGAGGAAAAAAAACAUUAACACAAAUAUCAAAGGGGAGCAAUCCAGGCUGGAGAGUGAAUGACGAAAAUUAGAUCCGAAGACGAACAGGGUCUAAAUUAUCCGGCUAAAUCGACCAGAGCCAGCGGGGAAUAUCGCAGAGCCUCUAUUUCUAAGCUUUUUUUUGGUCUUAUCAACUACAAAUACAUAUCUGCAGCUGGUCUAACCUUGGAAUCAUGGGCUGCAUUCAGAGUAUAACUUGCAAAUCAAGAAUACGACGGGAGAAUAUUGUGGUGUAUGACGUUUCUGCAACCAUUGAUCAGUGCCCAACAAUCAUUGAGGAGAAUUCUCCUAUUGUUUUACGGUACAAGACUCCAUACUUCAAGGCUUCCGCCCGGGUAGUCAUGCCCCCUGUACCUCGCAAUGAAAUGUGGGUGGUCGGAUGGAUUCAAGCUUGCAACCAAAUGGAAUUUUUCAACACCUACAGCGACCUCGGAAUGUCCAGCUGGGAGCUGCCUGACUUGCGGGAAGGCAGGGUUAAGGCCAUUAGUGACUCUGACGGGGUGAGCUAUCCAUGGUACGGCAACACGACUGAAACAGUGACGCUGGUCGGCCCUAUCAACAGGGUCUCUCGGUUUUCUGUCAGUAUGAACGACAAUUUUUACCCGAGUGUGACAUGGGCGGUGCCAGUGAGUGAGAGCAACGUGUCCCAGCUCACCCGGAUUAAGAGGGACCAAAGUUUCACCACGUGGCUGGUGGCCAUGAACACCAUCAGCAAAGAGAAGAUUAUCCUUCAGACAAUCAAAUGGAGAAUGCGCGUUGACAUUGAGGUGGACCCGCUCAACCCAUUAGGAUACCGCGCUAGACUUGUUGGAAGGGCACAGCAGGAACAGCCACGGAUAUUAGCCAGAAUGGAGCCCAUACCUCCAAAUGCCUUGGUGAAACCCAACGCAAAUGAUGCACAGGUCUUAAUGUGGAGACCUAAACGUGGUUCACCUCUCGUUGUCAUACCUCCUAAAUAACAACACAUUGCAGCUCCUCAAGAAAUCUUAUAAGGACCUGGU